GCAGAUAAAGUUACUAUCGUGUACCCAAUGAGAUUCCAGGACUCCAAUGAUAUUGUUUUAACAACUUCCUUCCUGCAGGAAUUUGUGGAGGCAAGACGAACGGCUGCACUUAAUAAUGUUCCUUCUUGUAUGUGGUCUCCGGCACCACCUCUUGAGUUAAAAGGAGUAUCUGCUGAUGCACUGAAUGCAAAUGCUGGCUUUGUUACUUUCGUUGUUUACCCUCGGCAUGUUGAGGGUAAAAAGCUAGAUAGAACAGUUUGGAAUUUGUUGACAUUUCAUGCUUAUGUAAGCUAUCAUGUAAAGUGUUCUGAAGGAUUCAUGCAUACCAGGAUGAGACGCUGGGUUGAGUCACUGAUCCAG